AUGUCCACUGAAAAAGCAAGUCUGACCUACCUUAGAAGCAAUCACAACCGCAAACAUUUCUCGAUUAUCAACUUCUAUAAGCAUUUCAAGUUCACCAACCGCAUUGACGGCGAAAAUGAGUUCAAGGCAGCAGUUGGCGAAGCGCGUAGAACUGCAAGCAAGGCCUCCAAAUGGAAGAAUUGGUUGGAAAAAGCAACCAGCAACAACUUUCAGCUGCUACGCAAUGAGGAUAUUGACGCGUUUUGGAGUAACAAGGAAUCUAGUCGAGCGGAAAACGGUGCUGUGCAUAAUUUCAGGUUAUUCAUAUACGACAAAGUAGCUACACAAGAGAAGGCCAAGCAUGAUCAGUUGAAAAGGGUUGGUUCAGAGCAUGUUGAGCAACAGCCAUCACCAAAACGACUUGCAUCUAUGGCAUCUUCCUCUGCUACUGGUCCUUUUGCUACCCCUGUCGUUGCUGCUCCCAUUGCUACCCCAUCAGGGUCAUCCGUUUCAACACAAGACGAUGACGAGGAUGGCGAGGACAUUGAUAUUGAUAUUGAUGUUAACACCAAUAAGAAUCCGUAUCUAUCCCCAAGAAGGCCCAGAGAUCUUGAGCAACCACAACCACUAGCGCUUGGUGAUGAGAUAGACGACUUUUUCAGCGAUGCCGCCCCUACCACCUUGCGCCUUCCUGCUGGUUUCGAGUUGGGACCAGUUCCUGAUGAAUCGUUCAUGAUCGGCACAACCAAUAUGACGGCUCGUUUCCAUACCUAUAAGCAAAAUGCAUUACAAGCAGCAUGCAGCGGCAAAGGUCUUCAGAUUGAAUCACAGACACACGAGAUCGCAGCUUUAUCGCACGUGCUUAUCUUAAAGCAGGGUCAAUACAGCAAGAUGAUGGUUGAUGUUUUUGGUGAGGGAUCGCUUGACAGCAUGUACUACAAAUCACGUGCCUUGGCCCUCGACCAUGACCUCAAGUUCCCUGAUAAGGCCUUUGUGGACAUCAGCAAUAUACUCGAUGAAUUAGCACACCCUGAACCAGAGAAACGCUCAUCUCGCCUUACAGUCAUGUCAAAGCUACUUGCAAUUGCCAGCAAUGAAGCAUACAAUGUGUCACGUGUGAUAUUCGGCCUUGCCAUGCUCCUAUCCAAGAUCCCUAACAUGCCAAUAGCCAAUGCUACGUGCAUAAGCGAAACCGAGCUUUGGAAUUGCUUUUACGAUCCUCUUCUUACUGCUGUUCUUGCCGAUCCGGAAAAAGACAUGAUGUUACGCUGGGUGAAUACGAUUACACCUGAAGGACGACGUAAGAUGUCACACAGUAGACCGGAUGCGGUUAUUUCUUUGUUUUCACAAUCACGAUAUGACGACACAAUUGGACAUGGAGAAGCCAAGGUUGCGGAACCAAACAGGAACACGGACGCUCUUUGUCGGGAUUUGUUGCGAUUGGCGAUGUUUGGAAAAAGCACGAUUGACUCUGGUACGACAUCAGUGCCCAUUUCUUUUCAGAUCCAUGGAUUUAAUAUCCGAUUUUAUUUGAUGGAAUUGAAGCAUGAGGCGAUGUAUACAAUGACCGAGAUUGCACAUCUUCAAGUACCGGAUUCAUUGGAUACAAUUUCUGGACUCUUAUCCAAAAACACGUUGAACACCUUGCUUCGAUUGAACCAUCUAGUUGUCAAGAUCAAGGAGAACAAAGCGAAUGGCUUGAAUACACCUGAUCGCAUGAAACGAGCAUCUUUGUCUACACCUGAACUUCACCAACUUCUUGAUCGAACAAAAAACCGCCGAAGACAUUGCCCACUUCUUUUUUGA